AAAAGACGAUCCACUUUAUUCUAAUUUGUUUCUUGUUGAAAUUUGUUGUAGUAUUUUGGCUGAGACUUGAGUGAAGUAACAAGUAAAGAGAGUGACGUGAAGGAACAAAGUCCACUUUGGCGUGGUUCGUUCGUCUUUGGAUGUGGAACCCAUCCAUCCACCCACACCGUUGAAUUUAAUAUUCUUCAACCCACGCAAUAAUGUUUCUUCUCAUCUUUCAUCCUCUGAGAGCACUCACAACCAUCUUCAGUUACUCUUUACUGAUUUUUUUACUUGAUAUCGCGCUUCAAGGAAUUCAGAUAAAAGAUAGACUCACCGUCUAAUUUUUCAGUUAGGUGCUAUCACCAUGUCUAAGCGAACGUUUGGGGAUAUAAUUGGGGAAGGAGGUUCAAGUUCUAGUUCUUCAAAAGAGUUUGAUAGCAUUCAAAGCUAUAGAUAUAUAUACGAUGUGUUUAUAAGUUUUAGAGGUGUUGAUACACGCAACACCUUCGUUGAUCAUCUCUAUGCUCAUCUCAUAAGAAAAGGUAUUUUUGUUUUCAAAGAUGACAAACAGCUCCAUAAAGGGAAUUCCAUUUCACGCCAACUUCUACAAGCAAUUCAACAUUCACGUAUUUCUAUUAUUGUCUUCUCAAAAGAUUAUGCUUCCUCAACUUGGUGUUUGGAUGAAAUGGCUGCUAUUGCUGAAUGCCAUAGGGAACUGAAACAACCUGUUUUUCCUAUUUUCUAUGAUGUGGAUCCUUCUUGUGUCCGAAAACAGAUUGGGUUGUAUGAGAGUGCCUUUUUAUUACUCGCCGAACAAUUCAAACAUGAUCCACACAAGGUUGAUGGGUGGAAGAGAGCUAUGACCUGUUUGGGUGGAUCAGCUGGUUGGGAUGUCAGGAAUAAGCUAGAGUUUGAAGAGAUUGAGAAAAUUGUUCAGGCUGUAAUAAAAACACUGGGUCAUAAAUUCUCUGGGUUUGCUGAUGACCUUAUUGGAAUGCAACCUCGUGUAGAAGCAUUAAAAAGUAUAUUAAGAUUAAGCUCAGAGGAUGAUGGUUUUCGAGUUUUAGGAAUAUGGGGGAUGGGUGGCAUAGGAAAGACAACUCUUGCGACCGUCUUGUAUGACACAAUCUCACAUUACUACCAAUUUGGUGCUUGUUGUUUUAUCGAGAAUGUCAGCACAAUUUAUAGAGAUGGUGGGGCCACUGCUGUACAAAAACAAAUUCUUCGUCAAACUCUGAAAGAAAAAAAUCUGGAUGCAUACAGUUCUUCCGAAAUAUCUGGAAUUAUAAUAAAUAGGCUAUACAACAGGAAGCUCCUUGUGGUUCUUGACGAUGUUGAUCAAUUUGAGCAACUACAAGAAUUGCACAUAAAUCCCAAAUUGCUUCGUCCAGGAAGUAGAAUAAUCAUAACCACAAGAGAUAUGCAUAUUCUUGAAUUGUAUGGAGUGGAUAGAAUUUAUGAGGCUGAAUUGAUGAAUGAUAACGACGCUCAUGAUCUUUUGUGUAGAAAAGCCUUCAAAAGUGAUAAUUCAAGAAGCCCUUUUGUAGAACUAAUUCCUAAGGUACUAAAAUACACUCAAGGUCUUCCCCUGGCAAUUAGAAUAAUGGGUUCUUUCCUUUUUAACCGAAAUGCCAUGCAGUGGAGAGCUACCUUUGAUGGAUUGCAAAAUAAUCCAGAUAAAAGAAUCAUGAAAGUGCUUCAGAUGAGUUUUGAGGGACUACAACUAAGAGAAAGAGAAAUAUUUUUGCAUGUUGCUUGUUUCUUUGAAGGGGAGAGGGAGGAUUAUGUAAGACGUAUUCUACAUGCUUGUGGAUUGCAACCUAAUAUUGGAAUUCCACUCAUAGCUGAAAAAUCCCUCAUAACCAUUAGGAACCAGGUAAUUUGUAUGCAUAAAAUGUUGCUGGAGUUGGGGAAGCAAAUUGUUCAAGGACAACAUCUCGACGAGCCUAGAUUCUGGAAUAGAUUAUGGCUUUAUCGGGAUUUCCAUCAUGUGAUGAUGACCAAAGUGGAAGCAACAGAAACUAAAGCCAUAGUUCUAGAUCAAAAGGAGGAUGGUUUCAAAUUCAGUAAGUUACGGGUUGAAGAUUUAUCAAAAAUGGAGCACCUAAAACUACUCAUAUUAAAUCACAAGAAUUUUUCAGGAAAACCCAUAUUUCUUUCAAAUUCUCUAUACUAUUUUUCAUGGAAUGGUUACCCUUUCACUGCGUUACCAUCAAAUUUUCAACCAUACGACCUUGUUGAAUUGAAUAUGCCCGACAGCAACAUCGAACAAUUAUGGGAAGGCAUCCAGUGUCUACCCUGUUUGAAAAGGAUGGAUCUGAGCAACUCUAAAAAUCUGAAGAUGACUCCAUGUUUUGAUGGAAUCCUAAACCUUGAGCGGCUAGAUCUUACAGGAUGCAUAAACUUGUUGCAGGUGCAUCCAUCAAUUGGACUUCUUUCAGAACUUGUAUUCUUGAGUUUGCAGAAAUGUAGUAGUCUGGUCCACCUCGAUUUCGGCAGUGCAUCAAGGCUAUGGUCUCUGAGAGUUUUACUUCUAUCUGGUUGCACAAAACUUAAAAGCACUCCAGAUUUCACAGGAGCAAUAAAUCUUGAGUACCUUGAUGUGGAUCAUUGUGCAAGUUUAUUCACAUUUGAUGGAUCUCUUGCAAAGCUUAGAGUCUUAAGUUUGAGAGACUGCACAAAUCUUGUUAGACUAGGUGAUAGCCUUGAUAAAAUGACAUCUCUUACAACUUUGGAUCUAUGCGGCUGCUUGAAAUAUAAGUGUCUGCCUGUCAAUUCUGCUAUGAAAUCUUUGGUUUUUCUAGAUUUAAGCUUUUGCAAUAUUUCUAAUUUACCUCAGGCUAUUGGAGAAUUAAGGGGUUUAGAGAGACUAAAUUUACAGGGAAAUAACUUCACUGCAAUUCCUUCUCUCCAAUGCCUUUCCAAUCUAGCAUAUUUAAACUUGUCAUAUUGUCAUUGUCUUCAACGUUUGCCGCAGCUCCCAACAACAAGCGGUCCAUCAGAUUCAAUGGGAAUAUAUUUUAAAACAACAUCUGGAUCACGUGAUCACAGAUCAGGAUUAUAUGUUUUUGACUGUCGUAAAAUAUUUGGUGGAUCCAUAUGGAUAUCUUCUAUAGACCAUCAAUAUGAAUGGCUACAAAGACUAUUAAAGGAACCUCGUCAUUUUCGGUGUGGCUUUGACAUUGUUCUUCCUUUUCCUUGUUAUGGUUCGGCAGAAAUUCCAAUGUGGUUCGAUCACCGAUAUAAAGGUGGUUCAAUAAUAAGGAUAAAAAACUUUGAUGUGAAUGUCGAUUGGGUUGGUUUUGUCUUUUUUGUACAAUUUGAGGUAAGAUACCCAAUGCCAAAUUCUGCAAGUUCUCAACAUCCAUAUCCUUUCUAUCUUUCAUUUGAAAGUGAACACACAGAAGAACGAUUUGAUAUGCCACUUAGUUUGAAAUCAAACAAGGUUGAUGGCUCACCGUCAGAGUAUUGUUGGACAAUCUAUAUCUCUCAGGAACACUGCCAUUUUGUGAAAACAGAAGCACAAAUCACAUUUAAAGCCUACCAAGGUUUGAUUAUGAAGGAGUGGGGGUUCCACAUGCUAACCGAGAAAGAGAGAAAAUACGUGGAUCAGUCAAACAUGAAGAAGGUAUGGCUCUUGAAGAAAGGGGACAAAAAAGUUACUUUCACAACAAUAAAGGUUUAAAUUGGUUCUUGAAAAAAAAAAUACGAAGACAUAUUUAUUAGAAUUGAAAGUUACCAAUUUGCUCCUCAAAAGUUUUAAAUGACAGUAAAGUUAUUUCUUAAUGGUACUAAAAUAUCUCUAAAAAUCAUUAAUUUAAGGGAUGUUUGAAUUUUUUUAGAGGAGAGUGGGGGAGAACAACUAUUUAUUUAUGGGGUCAAAAUACAUUUUAUUAAAGAGAAGUGAUAUUUUGAUACAAAUUUUUUUACAUCAAUUUGGAUGGUUAAUAUGGUUCAAAUAUGUGGUUAAUUAAGUUUAGUCCAUGGUUAAUGAGUAUAACAAGAUAUCAACUCGUUAACCAUCAAUUGAACACAAUUAAUCAAGAUUUUGAACAUCAUUAAUCACAAUCUUUAGAUGCUCAAAUAUAUAUAUACAUAUAUAUAUAUAUAUAUAUAUUAACCAUUCAAAUUAUGUUCAAAUAUACAUGAUUUUUAAAUGUUAUACAUGAUAUUCGUUAACCACAAUUUAUGAGUUGUGACACAUUAUAUUCAUUAGCCAUUGUCACUAUCCUUCGGUGAGUUUUUUUUUUUUUGUAAACUGUGUCCCUAUUCCGAUUUAUCCCUUCUUCGUUGCUGUUAUUUUAUUUUUCAGCAAAUUAGGUACUGCACUGUUCAUUGUGUGGUACUGUUCUUCGCAAAAAAAAAAAAAAAACCCCUCCCUUCCACCAUUGUUUCGCUGUUGGUUUUAGGGAACCACUUGUUGAUUAUGGCUACUUAUGAAAAUUUUCUUCGGUGGGUAAAAUAUUGUCAGAACUCCAGUUCUGCUGUUUUUCGGCCGCACAAAGUGGUAAUUCACCUGUUUGCACCUCACCUUCUCUUAGUCCAUGGAUUCUCGAUUAUGGUGCAUCUGACCACAUUACUGGUAAUAAGACUCUUUUCUCCUCUCUCACUACUUCUAGUUAUUUACUUAAGAUAGUCUCAGCCAAUGGUUCCCAAACACAGUCUCACGGGAUUGACACUGUCCAAAUCCUUUCUUCUCUGUUAAUUACAUAUGUCCUUUAUGUAUUUAGAUGUUCGUUUAAUUUAAUUUCUAUUAGUCGAUUGACUCGCUCUCAUGACUAUGUUGUCACAAUUACUAAUUUCAAUGUUCCUUUGCAAGAUCGAAUAUCAGGACGACAAAUUGGUGUCAGAUGUGAGUUUAAUGGCCUUUAUUAUCUCUCAAACCCAUCAACGCCAUGCCCUACCACACAUUCUCCUCUUCCUAUACAUGCUUAGUUAGGUCAUCUGAGUCUUCCAAAACUUCAACAGUUAGUACCUAAUCUAACCAAAUUAUCUAGCUUACAUUGUCAGUUAGGGAAAUACACAUAGUCAUUUUCCUGAUCGAGCCAAUAAACAAGUUUCGUCCCUGUUUGCUUUGGUUCACUCAGAUGUUUGGGGUCCUUCUUGUAAUAUUUCCACUCUUGAGUCUAGAUAUUUUGUUUCUUUUAUUGAUGAUUUUUCUCGUUCUACGUGGUUAUUUUUAAUGAAAAGUAGGCCUGAAUUAUUUUCUAUUUUUGAACAAUUUUAUAAGAAAAUUAAAACUCCAUUUGGUGUAUCCAUUCUCACUUUGCGCAGUGGUAAUGCCCGUCAAUAUUUGUCCCAUAAAUUUCAAAAUUUUAUGACCUCUAACUUCAUUCUUCAUCAAACAUCUUAUGCCCAUACACCUCAACAAAGUGGGGUAGUCAAAUGCAAAAAUCGACAUCUUAUUGAAACCACUCGUACUCCUUCUUCAUGGUAAUGUACCAUAUUGUUUUUGGGGCGAUGAUGUUCUAACGGUGUGCUAUCUUAUAAAUCGCAUGCCUUUGUUUGUUCUUCAUAACAAAGUCCCUCACUCGAUCCUUUUCCCUCGUACCCCUCUUCACUCACUUUCUCCUCGUGUCUUCAGGUUUACAUGUUUUGCCCACAAUCUCACUCCUGGUCUUGACAAACUUUCAGCUCGAUCACUAAAAGGUGUCUUUCUUGGUUAUCAUCGGUCCUAAAAAGGUUAUCAUUGUUAUUCUCCUACUCUUCGACGAUAUAUCAUAUCGGCUGAUGUCACAUUUUUUGAGUUUGUUACAUACUACGAGUCACCUCUUGGCCCUUUGUCUGCAAUUAUUCCCGUGGAGCUACAAGAGUCUCUUUCACCUUCUCUUUUACCACUAGGGUCUUUUACAUAUGUCCCACCUGAGACACCUCCAGUGGCCCCUCCCGUUGUCCCACUUGAGACUUCUCAUGUGGAUCCUCCAACUGUACAACCUUUUCAGACAUACCGCCAUCAUCAACCACCAUCGGUUGUACAUGUCCCUACACCCGUUCUUGAUGCCAAGGUCAUUCCAAACGCUCAUUUGCCGCCACCUCCUCUUUUAUCGGAUUCGACCCUUGAUAUUCCUAUUGGUAUUCAUAAAGGUAUAUGUCAUACUCGUAACCCAUCCCCACAUUACAUUGGUUUGAGUUACCAUCGUUUUUCUCCUUUGCAUUAUACUUGUUUUUCUUUCCUGUCUUUUGUUUCUAUUCCUAAAUCUCUAGGUGAAGCUUUAUUCCAUCCAGAGUGGAGACAAGCAAUGAUUGGCGAGAUGUGUGUACUUCAGAGUAAUGGUACCUGAGAAUUGGUUCCUUUACCAUCUGGAAAGUCUUUAGUAAGAAGUCGUUGGCUUUAUACGGUGAAAGUUGGUCUUGUUGGUAAGAUUGAUCGCUUUAAAGCUCGGUUGGUGGCAAAAAGGUCUGUCUAUGGUCUCAAACAGUCUCCUCGUGCUUGGUUUGACAGAUUUAGCACAAUAAUGCAACAAUUUGGUAUGAUUCGAAGUUAAGCUGAUCAUUCUCUUUUUUAUCGCCACUCAACUCAAGGGUGUAUGUACU